GAUUUUUAAAACCAUUUUCAGCCCAGAUAAAUCGUUACCCAAGAAGCAGUCUUCUUCUAGGGUUUUUUUUUUAUAAGUUCUCGGAUUUAGGUCAUUCCGCCUCUCGUCUUCUCGUCACUGAUCUCUCACACCAAGCUUCGGCUUACGCUUAGCUACAGAAUCAAAAAAUGGUGUUUGUUAAGCCUUCCAAGUCGAAUGCAUACUUCAAGAGGUAUCAAGUGAAGUUCAGGAGAAGGAGAGAUGGAAAGACUGAUUACAGAGCGCGGAUCCGUUUGAUCAACCAAGACAAAAAUAAGUACAACACACCAAAGUACCGUUUCGUUGUCAGGUUUACCAACAAAGACAUAGUUGCACAAAUCGUGUCUGCAAGCAUAGCCGGUGACAUUGUCAAGGCUUCUGCUUAUGCUCAUGAGCUUCCUCAUUAUGGACUCACUGUUGGUCUUACAAACUAUGCUGCAGCUUACUGUACCGGGCUUCUUUUGGCUCGCCGUGUUCUUAAGAUGUUGGAAAUGGAUGCCGAGUACGAAGGCAACCUAGAGGCCACUGGAGAAGACUUCUCUGUGGAACCAACUGAGUCACGGAGACCAUUCCGUGCUCUUCUUGAUGUCGGACUUAUCAGGACCACAACAGGAAACCGUGUUUUUGGUGCCCUCAAGGGAGCCUUGGACGGAGGACUUGAUAUCCCUCACAGUGACAAGAGAUUCGCUGGAUUUAACAAGGAGAACAAGCAACUUGAUGCUGAGAUCCAUAGGAACUACAUCUAUGGAGGACAUGUCUCGAACUACAUGAAUCUGUUGACAGAAGAUGAGCCAGAGAAGUUUCAGACGCAUUUCAGUCAGUACGUAAAGAAAGGUGUUGACGCUGAGAACAUGGAAGAGCUCUACAAGAAGGUUCAUGAAGCUAUUCGCGCAGAUCCUAACCCGGAGAAGACCGCGAAAGCUGCUCCCAAGGAACACAAGAGGUACAACUUGAAAAAGUUGACUUAUGAGGAGAGGAAGAACAAGUUGAUUGAGAGAGUCAAGGCAUUGAAUGGCGCAGCAGGUGAUGAUGAUGAGGAUGAGGAUGACGAAGAGUAAAUUACUGCGUCUACUUCCAUUGUCUUAUGUUUCUUGUAGCUUUUUUGAGCUUAUGGCUUUGAGUUUUUCUAUUUGCAGACUAAAACACUCAGCUUUUGUUUUAUUCACAUCUUAAUUUCCUUCGAGGAUUUUGAUUUUGAGGUUACUUUUUCUUUAAGAAUGUAUCUAUCUUUUCUUAUAUGCCUAAUACCUUCAUCGUAUCUGAAAAUUUACAAGCUUCUGUCUAAUUGAUUUUUCUUAAUAAUUUCAAAGUA